GUUUAUUCCACAGGCUUAGUUCCGGAGUGGCCUGUUAUUAUUUAAGUGGCAGGUGCAAUAUCGGUCUCCUUCCAGUCUGACAAAAUGAAUAUGUACGCUGUGCCCAGCCCGGGAAUACCAGGCUGCCCACCAGGAUUGGAAUACCUGACUCAAGUGGAUCAGCUACUCAUCAAACAGAAAGUUGAGCUUGUUGAAGCCCUUGUCGGUUUCGAAAGCAACAACAAGUAUGAAGUCCGCAACGUCAUGGGUCAGAAUGUGUUCUACGCUGUCGAGGAGAACGACUGUCUGAGUCGACAGUGUUGUGGUCCAAUGCGCUCCUUCACCAUCCACGUCCUCGACAAUUUCGGACAAGAGGUCAUCACCGUCACAAGACCGCUUAAGUGCAUGUCUUGCUUCUUCCCUUGCUGUUUGCAAGAGCUGGAGGUGCAGGCUCCCCCCGGUAACACAGUGGGUUACAUUAUACAACAGUGGCACCCGUUCUCCCCUAAAUUCAUCGUUGCGAACGAACACACUGAGCCUGUGCUGAAGAUCCAUGGGCCCUUCUGUGGAUGGAGCUGCCUUCCAGAUGUUGACUUUGAGAUUUUGACAAUGGAUGAAGUCAGUAAGAUUGGGAAAAUCAGUAAACAGUGGACAGGACUUCUGCGGGAAGCGUUCACAGAUUCAGACAACUUUGGUAUCCAGUUCCCCAUGGAUCUGGAUGUAAGAAUGAAGGCUGUAAUGAUCGGUGCAUGUUUUCUCAUUGAUUUCAUGUUCUUUGAGACUACUAACUAGGAGCCAAACAGGAUUUCCAUGAAAGCAUACAACAUUCCUGGAAGAACAAGGCUACAAAGACAUGAUGAUCAUUCCCCAAAGACCUAACAUAGGAAAGCCCUCAAACAGAAAGUUUAAAGAAAGUACCAAGAGGUACCUAAAUGUUCUAAUUUUGCAUGAACAAUGAAACAGAAGGUUUGGUUUAGUCUUAGCUUAACAGGUUUGUUGUUAAAAAAACGUUACUGGGCUGUGAGUGCACAGUGUCUUUGUUACUACUAAAAAAUAGACUUGAAAAGACGGAUAAUAUCCACUUACAAAUAAAUGAAAAGGAAACACUAUUACAGGCAAGUGCUGUAAUACAGUUUGUGAAAGAAGGAUUGAGGUUGUAAACAAAGGGGGUCAAGGGGGUGUUCAGUUCGGUCACAUUAAUAGUCAAGAUGUUUAAUUUAAUAUAACACUAUGUUUGUAGCUAUAUUGUGUGAGGCCUGGUGGACUCAUGUAAUGUAGUAGUUUGUAGUUAAGAUAUUCUUUCCCUUAUUUAUUGAUUUUUAUUUUGGCUGUUUAACAAUUUGUCAACAUAGAGCAAUGUGUGUGUUUGCACCUUUUUGUGUGUGUGCUCGUGUGUCUGUGUGCUAUGAGUGUACAUGUGUGUGGUACCGGAAAUAUAAACUAUCAUAGAGUACAAAGUAAUAUUUUCAAUGCCAUAAUAGUUAUGCAUUGUCAACUCUGAAGGAAUGGACAGGUUACAGCUUGAUGCGCUGAUCCAGUCUUCUCCACAAGAGGGAGCUAGCUUUUCAUUUAUGCCCCAGCACAGCCCAAAUUAACAAACUCAAUACUUGCUUAUGCCAUAGGUCAAACACUAGUAUAUAUAUAUAGUAUAGAUAUAUUUUUGGACAAACUCAGGUUAAAUGCAUGCUACUAUAAUAUAGUGUUGGCUACUGCUUGCUCCGGGAAUUACACACUUCUGCGCCUAAUACUAUGAAAUAUAAGGAUAGAAUAAUACUUUCCAGUAGGUUUUGUACAUUACAUUAUCUGAAUGUCAUCUGUUAUUAUUUUUGCAUAUUUUUCCUGGUAUAUCAACUUGAAUUUUGGUCUUUGAUUUGAUCUCCACUGUUACAUUAUAUGUGACAACUCUACAUAUCGUAUGUCAAAAAUGCAAAAGUCAGAUCAAACCUUCCAUCAAAUGGCCAUUGACACUGCUCUGCACCAUGCAUCAUUGUAAAACGGAUUUAAUGAGUUUGGCAAUCAGUUUGAUUAGGAAUUGUAUAAAGUAAAGCAUUUUAGCAAAGACAUGGCUUACAUCAACAUUAAGGCCAUCAAGAGUUCUUUUGUAGCAUCAUGAUAAAAAGUGUUUUUCUCCACAUGUAUGUCAUCUGAGACUCUAGAAAACUGUUAAAAACACCCAUCUUAAGUCAUUUUAACAGGGAUCAAGUCUUAAAAGCUUAAAGGCUUUUAUUUUUGUAUAAAGUACUAUAAACUGCCAGCUGGAAGAGAUAAGCUUCCAAUUUUCUUGUCUUAACAGUGUUUUUUUUUUCUGCCUUCAAUGUAAUGACACUUGUGUGUAGAAUUACCAGAAGUUGAUUUAUCAUUAAGGGCAGCAUUUCUUAAACUUGAUUCUAAGACGAACAACAUGAUUAAGUACUUAGGAUGGAUGUUUUUUGCAGCCUGUUCUGUUUUCAUGGCUUAAAUUGAGAAAAUAAUCAAUUUGUAAUUUGAAUUACAAUCUUGCAAUUAAGAUUAGCCUGAUCAUUACGCAUGGCUUGUUUGGUGCAAUGCAUUAAUAUAUGUAAUAGUAUAAGAUGCUGGUACUACAACCUCUGAGGGCUCUUUGAUUGUGUUUAAAAGCCAAAAAUUAAUGUCUGAAUGUGAUACAAAGGGAAUGUAGCUAUUCCUAGUCAGUUAUAUAUUUAAAAACAUUCAAAGUUCUUAUUCUUCUACUUUUGAACUAAUACUGUUAACUAAUAAACCAUUUAGUCAUGCAAUGAAGGCAAACAAACUCUGUGAGCUAAGCUUAAACUGUGCAAACAGUCAAUGGAAACA